CCUAAUUGCACUCUUCUUCGCCGCAGGAGAAAGCGUAGAGAGAGAAGAAAAGAAGAAGCAGAAGAAAUGACGACGAGGUUCAAGAAGAACAGGAAGAAGAGAGGCCACGUCAGCGCCGGGCACGGUCGUAUCGGGAAGCAUCGUAAGCAUCCCGGUGGUCGAGGAAACGCCGGAGGCAUGCACCACCACCGAAUCCUCUUCGACAAGUACCACCCUGGCUAUUUCGGAAAGGUUGGGAUGCGCUACUUCCACAAGCUCCGCAACAAGUUCCAUUGCCCAAUUAUGAACAUCGAUAAGCUAUGGUCCUUGGUUCCUCAAGAUGUGAAGGAAAAGGCUUCAAAAGACAAUAAAGCCCCCUUGAUUGAUGUCACCCAGUUCGGGUACUUUAAGGUUUUGGGGAAAGGGGUUUUGCCUCAGAAUCAGCCACUCGUCGUUAAGGCAAAGCUCGUUUCAAAGAUCGCCGAGAAGAAGAUCAAGGAGGCUGGAGGAGCCGUUGUCCUCACCGCUUAGGGUAUUUUUAAUUUUAAUUUUUAAUUUUUUCUUUUUUCUCCGAUACUUUUUGUUUUGGAUUGGGUUGAGAUCUUGGAUAUUGUUAUUGAUUCUGCUUUAUUUGAGGAUUUAAGUUUCUUAUUUUAAUUUUGCAUGUUUUAGGUGUAAUGUUAUGAUAAUGUUCUCGAUUAAUCGGGUUUAUUGUUG